CUCCCCUCCUUUCUCAUUUGGUAAAACCCCCCGUCCCGCUUCCUUCCUGCUCUCAAUUUCUCUCUCUCUUUCCCUCCUGCUUUGGGGGGCGCCAUUAAUUGGUGUUGAUGUAGUUUCUGUUUAUAGGUAGGCUCUGCGAAUUUGGCUCUGGUGGGGGACUUUCCCGAGAUUCUGUUUCCAAGCGGGCGGGCGUUUGGUUACCGUCGUCUGGUUUCGGAUUCCGGGUUUCCUCUGGGCUUGGCAAUUGCUGUGUGGAGGUUUUGGCCGUUUUCCUGGUUCUUGGUCGCUUUUGGGCGUCGGAUUCCUUGUCCGCCCUUUCUUGAAUCUGAUUCCCUCCACUUCCACGGGGGAGUUUCCUUUUUCCGUCCUACGUGCUUCUCUGUUAUGUCUUCCUCAUCGGCUGCAUGGUCAGUUCUCGUCACUCGUCGUCGCCGCCGUCGUUUCGCUUUUCGUAGGCACGGAGGUCCUUUGGAGGUCUAUGGCGAGGAGGUCGUUUGGUGACACCAGCUAUCUGGAGGCUCUGCUUCGUAACCUCCGCGACGGCGACGGUGAGGGGGAGGAGAACAGGUUGUCUUUGAAGAGGAAAGCGGACGGCGACGUGCUCAUGAGUGACGAGGAGUUCGAGGCUAACUUCCCGUUUCCUAAGGUCAGGAGGGACGACUCCGGUCAGUUUUUCCCAUUCAGCCGGGACCUUUUUUUGCAGGGUGAUCGCCUGGUUCCGGGAAUCGGCGGCUUCUUCGGGGAAUCGGAGCGUGGAUUGGGGUCUCCCCUGGCCGCCGGUGCGGGAAUUCUCGGAGCUGCUUGCUCGGAUGGGAGGAAUUUUCCGGAUGUCAACGUUCUCAAGGCAUUCUCGGCGAUCGCUCACUCCAGCCCUCGUGAUCAGGUUCGCGGAAAUUCUGAAACCGCGGUGCAAGACUCGAAUUCUCCUGCUGAUGCCGGAAAACUUGGAGCGAAGGGCCGGAACAUGGAGAGCGUUGAGGCGGAUAGCGACGUCUCUGCUGACUUAUUGAUUCCGAACACAGCCCGCACCCGCUCCGGCCAGUCCAGUCCGGUGCUGGUUGACAGGAGCUUGUCGUGUGGUCACAUUCAGACCUUCAAUGGGACCAUACAAUUACAUUUCUUCGUGAGAACGUUUCCGGAUAGCCGGACGCUAGUUCUUCACGCGAAUUCCGGCGAUACCGUUCGUUCCCUCCAUGAAAAGAUCCAGCGCAGGAUGGGGAUACCGGUUUCCGAGCAGCGGCUCAUCUACUCCGGGAAGCAGCUGGGGAUGGAACAUACUCUUGCAGAGUGCGGGAUUGAGAAGGAUUCCGAGCUUCACUUGGUCGGCCGGAUAAGGAGCACGAGCAAUUAUAGGUCAUGGCAGCUCGCCAACGAGAUCGUCUCGUCGAUUUGCCGGAUGAUGUCUGAGAACCUCGAUCUCCCGUAUCUGCAGAAAAGUGUUCCUAACUUGGUUUCUCAGUUCCUCGAUGUGCAUAUUGCUGGCGAAGUGACCAGCGCUCGCGUGGAACAUGGACGGGUAUUCCAGUACUCAGGUGCGCCAUUAGCUCUCUGCAUGCUCUAUGUGUCGUCUAUAGAUGGUAAUAAGGCCUGUGCUGAAGAAUGCAUUCAGAUGUUGUUAGCGCUUGAAUCCGAUGAACGAAAAGAUACGCUUUCCUGCUAUGCUUCGGUUUUUUUAGUUAUCUGUAAUAGACUUGCUUGUGUUGCACAUGAUUCUGAACUAUACGAGUCAUGCCGCCAUGCUCUUGCACUAUCUCUCGAAUCUGUUGAUGUUGUUCGUUACUGGAAGGAACACUUCGAUGACGUUGAUCUAUUUACCCUUAUUGGGGACGUCGUUACUUAUGUCAAGGAACUGGGCUCUACACUGAAACCGGAUUUUGUCGCGGAUGCGGAAUCACUUUUAUCUUCAACUUUAUCUAAUGCUGUAGGUGAAUUAACUGCUUUUAUGCGGCCAGUGCGCCAAGCUAUAGCGGAGUGCGUUGGGUACUCGGGCGGAAAUUCGGUGCCUAUUGAAGAACUGGAAGGUGCAGGAGUGAUGAAGGAAUUCUAUUUUGCUUUGAUCGAAGUGUUGUGCAAAUUCAGGCUAUUGCUCAAUGAUAUGGACGACCUUUUGACUGGGGAGCCUGCGGUUUUCAGAAAAAUUGGUCAUGAAGAUGCCCAAAAGGUUCUACUUCUUCUGGGGGAGUUUUAUAAUCUGUCCAAGAUCUUUGUGCAAGAGAAAGAAGAGCUUAGUCUGCUUCUACAAGCACGGAGCGCUCUAAUAAACGCUCUGAUUCUAUGCGUGAAGGAGGGGGAUGGUCACUUGUGGAUUUUUAACCAUAAGGACAUUCUUUACGGUGAGACGAUUGAGCAUUUGUUGUUUGCAAUGUUUCCUGAUGUGGACGAUGAACAACUAGGAGAACCUUUUGAGAUGCUUAUAGACAGAUCAAAGCUAUUGGAAGUUUCAUAUGAAUAUGUGGGCAAGUCUUGUUCAAGCCACUUGAAACGUGACAUUUUGAUAGGAUUCAAAGAUGAAGAAGCCACUGGUCCUGGUGUUGUUCGUGAAUGGUUUCACUUGGUGUUCAAUGAACUCUUUGACACGAAGAGGCCACUUUUUGUUGCAUGUUCAGAAGAUAGUCGGAGGUUCUUCCCUAAUCCUGCUUCUGAUGUUGAUCCUAUGCACCUUCAAUACUUCAUGUUUUGUGGACGAAUGAUUGCAAUGGCACUAAUGCACAGGGUACAAGUGAAUGUUGUCCUUUCACGAUCAUUUGUUCUCAACUUGGCUGGAAAGCGUGUUACAUUGGAAGACAUCAAAGAGGAAGAACGAGAAGUCUACGAGAGCUGCAAGCAGCUGCUGGAGAUGGAUGCUGAAUGUCUUGAUUCUGGUGAUUUGGCACUUUCUUUUGUAGUUGAAUAUGAAGAUAUGGGUUCUCGGAAAUCUGUGGAGCUCUGUAAUGGUGGCAAGAACAUAAGUGUGAACAGUAGCAACAGGCAACUGUUUGUUGACCUGCUUAUUGAGCACCGCUUUACGAAACGUGUAUCUAGACAAGUUAUGCAAUUUUCACAUGGUUUCAGAGAUAUUCUUAAUAAUCCAAAGAACAGUAAAUUUUUCUUCCAAAUUGCUGAGCCGGGAAUUCUAGACCAAAUGCUACAUGGAGGUGAUAGAGAUAUAUCUGUGGAUGAAUGGAAAGAACACACUGACUACAAUGGAUACUUGGAAUCGGACUGUCAAAUAGUGUGGUUUUGGCAGGUGGUUGAAAACAUGUCAGCGGAGGAGCAGCAGAUGUUUCUUAGCUUUUGGACCUCUCAGAAUCAUUUACCAGCUAAAGGUUUUGCUGGACUGGAAACUAAUCUUCAAAUCUACAAGCAUGACUGCUCUCCUGAUCAUCUGCCUUCAGCUCAUACCUGCUUCUAUCAGCUCCUGCUCCCACCUUACCCAUCGUUUAGCACAAUGAAGGAUCGCCUCCACCUCAUUUGCCAGAACCAUAUUGCUGCUAGUUUUGGCAUGGCCUAGAAUCAGAUGCCGAUGGUUUUGCAUGUUUAUCCUUGUCUUCAUUUCAUCAAUGUUUAUAAAUACAUUGCACCUGCUGUUGCCUUCUUGCUUCAUACUGUAAAUAUUUCCUUCAUAAUCCAUCAGGUAUUAAGAUACUAUAUUGGCAGACUUCUCACCUGUUAAUCUCAUUUAUUCUCAGCAUCAAUAUAUAAAAGGAUGAUAAAUGUUUUCUGCUA